AUGAAGAUGUUGCUUUUGCUCGGCCUCGUUCUUUCGUCGGUCUAUUCGUGUUCCAACGCUCAACCCCAAGAUCCCGCGGCCUGCUGGAAAUCCAUCAAGACUGUCGAAGGAUGCUUCGAGUCCAUCAUUAGCAUAUUCCGCGGCCACUUUGGGAAUGUCAAGAAGGAAUGCUGCGAAACCGUCAACGGAUUCGCCGACAACUGCUGGCCGAUUAUUUUUCCGAGCAUGCCUUACAUUCGAUUCUUCAUCAAGGGCUUGUGCCUCCUCAAAUAUCCCCAGCUAGAAUCGCCCCGAGUUAUCAAACUCCAGGCCAAAGAAACCGGGAAAAACCCGAACUUUCUGCUCCGAAUCGAUCCGGAUGGUGCUGAGACGACGGAUAUGUUGCUAGAAAGCGGUCAAGACCGUUUGAUGGAUGCAUCGGCUCCAUCCUUGGCAUAUUCCUCGGCCACUUCGAAAGCGCAAUCAUGCUUGGGUUUGGCGAAAUCAUGCUUGGGUUUGGCGAAGUUAUCUGGCCUUCAGGCUCAACUGAAUCAAGUUCAAGAAGAUUUAAAGAAAGCCAAUGAGCAAAUAGAAUUUCUCAAGAAAGAGAAAGCUCAGACACUUGAUGGUCUUAAACAAUCUGAGAAACUAGCAGAAGAAGCCAAUGAGAAACUCAAAAGGCAUUGGCAGCUCAGAAACGAGCUGAGGAGGAUUCCGAGACUGAGAAAUUCCGAGUUGUUGAACUGGAACAGGCCGGAAUCAAGACUGUUCAGAAAAAAAGAAGAGGCCUGGCUGAAAGAGCCGGUUAAAGGCGCUGCUUGGUUCAAAGGAAGAAAAGUGGCUAUAGAAGGAAACGAGGUGGUGUCCAAGCUGAAAUCUGAAAUUGAGAUGUUGAGGGGGGAGCUAGAAAAAGUUGGUAUCCUUGAAAAAACUCUGAAGGAGCAAGAAGGUGCCAGUGAACAAAUUCAUGUUGAUCUAGAAGCUGCUAAAAUGGCUGAGUCUUGUGCUAAUAACUUAGCAGCAGAGUGGAAGAACAAGGCCGAUGAACUGAAAAAACAAGUUGAAGAAUUGAACAAAUUGAAUAGAUCUACUUCAGAAUCUAUGGAGUCUAUUAUGAAGCAGCUAGAGGAAACCAGUCAGGUUUUGCAUAAGGAAAAUUCUGAAAAUGACAUGCUAAAAGAUAAGGUAGAGUUGUUAGAGAUGACGAUUGGACAACAAAAACGAGAUCUCGAGGAAUCAGGACGUCAAGUUAGCAUUACAAAGGAAGAAAGUUCUAAGCUGGAAAAACUUGUUGAAUCGAUGAAAUCUAACCUUGAAAUCGCAGAGGAGGAAAAAGCUAGGGCGGUGGACAAUGAAAAGGUUGCAGCAGCAGAUAUUCAGAAGCUAUUGAAAGAAAAGAGGGAAGUUGAAAGCGAGUUGGAAAGCUUUAAAAAGGAAGAAGAGGAGAGCAAGAAAGCUAUUGAAAGCUUAAAGGUGGAUUUGCAGGAAGUAUCUACUGAAGCAAAAGAAGCGAAGGAGAAGCUCCUGACAAGUGAAGUAGAGAACGAGAGCCAUGUGGCCGAGAUUGAAAGUUUGAAGUUUGCUGCAAAAGAAACGAAUGAAAAGUAUGAGAAAAUGCUAGAAGAUGCAAGAUAUGAAAUCUCCAAUUUGACAAUUGCUCUCGAGAAUGCCAAGAACGAGUUCCAGAAUUCUAAGACUGGAUGGGAAUAA